AUUGUGUUUUCUCAUGAAGCUUGAUUUAACUCCAGGGUCAACGGCGAGCCGAGCCACUGUUAACCAAGGUGUAAAGUGCAACGAAAUGAGAGGUGUCGAUUAAAUUGGCCCUUCAGUCGCGCACAGACACGGAAAGGCGUUCCUGGACGACCGUGUCGUCUUGGUCACAGACGCGGAAAGUGCGGGAUAAACCGACGGCCGUCGGGCCUCGUCGUCGUGGCCCAGCGGGACUCGGGGUGAAGUUAAGAGCGGACUGCCAAACUUCUGCUUCCUCCCAGCGACUCUCCGCAGGGCCCGGGGCUCCUGUCACCGGCCGUGUGGAUGAGUAGUUGGACCGCGGUGCAAACAACCCACAGGAGGAAGGAAUCCCUUUGAUGGGAGAGUCCUCUUUCCUGGCCUCCUGGGUCAGCCGCCGUGCCAUGAUGAUGGAUGAGCAGGAGGCCCUGAACUCGAUCAUGCAGGACUUGGCCGAACUGCACCGCUCCAGCCGCCCCGCCACAUUCCUGUCGGAGUUGGGAAAACCCAAAACUUCUUCACCCAAGAACCAGAACGAUGUGAGGGUGAAGUUUGAAUUCAGAGGGGAGAAGAGGAUCCUGCAGUUUCCUCGACCCGUCAAGCUGGACGACCUGAAGGCGAAGGCAAAAGUGGCCUUCGGUCAGGCGAUGGGCCUCCAUUACUCUAACAACGAGUUACUGAUCCCGCUGGUGACCCAGGAUGACCUGGACAAGGCCGUGGAGCUGCUGGAUCGCAGCGUCCACAUGAAGAGCCUGAAGAUCCUCCUAGUAGUCCAGAUGUCCUCGCAGAACUCCCCCGCCUCCAACAUGGACCUCCUUCCAUCCCACGAGGAGCUGGAUAACAGGGGCUUUGGGGUUGCGGACAAAAAGAGCAUGCUGUCUCUGAUUGGUCAGUCAGGGUCCCUCUCGACCGACCGAAGCUCCCCUCCCCCAGGAUACAUUCCCGAUCCUCUCCCACAGGUGGCACGAAACGGCUCCUUCACCAGCAUCAACAGCGAGGGGGAGUUCAUUCCUGAGAGUAUGGAUCCGAUGUUCGAUCCCUUAUCCAUGAGCAGUCCGGAGAAUUCCGCGUCAGGAAGCUGUCCGUCUUUAGACAGCCCGCUGGACGGGGAAUACCCAAAGUCCAGGAUGCCUCGAGCUCAGAGUUACCCGGACAACCACCAGGACUUCCCAGAGUCCGACCUUCCCGUGUUUGAGAAGUCCGGGAAAGGAGGGACGUAUCCACGGAGAUACGGCAUUCCUUACGGCCUUCAGGAUUACAGCGAUGGGCGGAAGACCUUUCCGCGAGCUCGGCGGACGCAGGUCCACAACUUUCGCUCGCCCGUUAGCUUCAGUCCCACAGAGCAGUCCCCCAGCACCAGCAGCGGCAGCAGCGUCUUCACCCCCGACCUGGAGGAGGCCCCCGGCCCUGCCAGGAGGCGGAGAGGCAGCGACAUCGAGUCGAACGCCAACCCCUCAGCCGGCCCCACCCUCUCCGUCAUGGACAUCAGCCCGCCCAGUCGCUCUCCGCGUGCUCCCACCAACUGGCGUCUGGGGAAGCUGCUAGGUCAGGGGGCGUUUGGGCGGGUGUACCUGUGCUACGACGCAGACACUGGGCGGGAGUUGGCGGUCAAACAAGUCCAGUUUGACCCGGAGAGUCCGGAGACCAGCAAGGAGGUGAGCGCGUUGGAGUGCGAGAUCCAGCUCCUGAAGAACCUGUGCCACGAGCGGAUCGUCCAGUACUACGGCUGCCUGCGGGACACCAUGGAGCGGACGCUCUCCAUCUUCAUGGAGCACAUGCCUGGAGGUUCCAUCAAAGACCAGCUGAAGUCGUACGGAGCUCUGACGGAAAACGUAACGCGCCGAUACACCCGGCAAAUCUUGGAGGGUGUGUCGUACCUGCACAGCAACAUGAUCGUGCAUCGGGACAUCAAAGGGGCCAACAUCUUGCGGGAUUCCGUGGGUAACGUGAAGCUGGGAGACUUUGGCGCCAGCAGGCGGCUGCAGACCAUCUGCCUGUCCGGGACAGGCAUCAAGUCAGUGACCGGCACCCCCUACUGGAUGAGCCCGGAGGUGAUCAGCGGAGAAGGCUACGGCAGGAAGGCCGACAUAUGGAGUGUCGGCUGUACCGUGGUGGAGAUGCUAACUCAGCGGCCUCCGUGGGCGGAGUUCGAAGCCAUGGCGGCCAUCUUCAAAAUCGCCACGCAGCCCACAAACCCGGAGCUGCCCGUGCACGUGUCGGACCACUGCCGCGAGUUCCUGAGGCGGAUCUUUGUAGAGACCAAACAGCGCCCGUCUGCUGAUGAGCUACUUAGGCAUAUCUUUGUUCAUUAGCACCUUCAGUCCUUACAGAACUGCCAAACAUAUUGAAGCAGAAGGGGCGGGCCCCCAGGUGGCUCCGCCCCCCCUCGGAUUCAUGCUGAGGCUGCUAUGGACAGGCGAGGGAGCGCGUGCUCCUCCGUCUCUGUACGAGACUGCAGACGGUGGUUUUAUUUAGGUUUUCCUGCAACGUGCACCUUAAUUUCUGAAACGUGGGGGCGAGCCCCUCCCUUCUGAAGCAGACAAACGCCCCUUUUUUUCACGUUUGUACGGUUUCUCUAAGUCGGUGUUGUGGACCUGCAGGAGGUGAAGCCCUGUCCCCACAUCUCGCCGACCCGACCCAGAAUGUAGUGUCCUGCCAAACCCCCAGAGAGCGCCGCCGUCGACCCCGCUGCUAAAGACGACCCCAACGCCCGCCGCUCCCCACCUCACCCUUCGUCUGACCUUCCCCGUCUUCGCCGCGUGCCUUUUUCUGUUUCAGGGCCGGUCUCGGUCGCUCAGCGUCGUUUUUGUCCUCCCGGAUGAUCUGCCUUCACGCCGUUUUGCCCAAAAACAAACCAGCCGGUUUCAGUUCAGCCUCACGUCCACCUAUGCCUGGUUUAUGCGGUUCUACAAACCUGGAAACCAAAACCUAUCCCUGGUCCAACGUUGACCCCGGAUUUAAGAGUUGGCUCUGACACAACACGAGAAGACGAUCAGGGCUUGAAGCAGCUGAACGUCUCAAAGGUUUGCAGAAGCCCAGGGUCGCUUUGGGACAUCCCACAGCCCUCCUCGUCUCCUGCUGGCCUUCCUCUUGAAGAGGUUUACAGGAUCUUGCAUCAUGACUCCACAUCGCAGCCUUUUUUACUGUUGUUUUUUGCAAACGUCCCCAACAGUCCAGAAGCAGCGCUGCAGUUUUUCUACUGUUUCUUCACCUCUUAGAUGUUUCUUCUUCUCUUUGAAGGUGCAAUCAGCAGAUGUUAAAAGUAACGGUACAGAUAAACAAUCAUUUGAACCCGGUACAGUCUCUGGUACGUGCUCCUUGCUGCUGUUUCCUCCGUGUCCACUAGGUGUCGAUGACGAGUUGUAUCCACAGAUUGCCUCUUGCAGGUCGCGAUGAAGUGGACUUCUGAGAGCACUUACGAGUUUUCUUUUUAAAAAAAAUCUUUUGGUUUUCCAAAGCGGAAACAUUCUCCGAGGCGGCCCACUGUUCCACCUCGAUUCCCACAAUGCACUAUGGAUGACUCACUGAUGCUUUCUUACGGCUUCCUCACAGCUGCCGGAUGCAGCUCGGUUCAGCCACCUUUUCUUUGCACAUUUAAAGACUGUUUUGAUUUAUUUUUUUUGACGGCGUGUGUGCGUGUAUGUGUGUUUUGAAUGUCCAGCUAACUCUUACUGAAUGUAAUGUGUCAUAUUUACCAUCAGGUGGCCUGGUUUCACCACAGUGGAUUAACUCCAGUAUUUGUCACCUGCAGGUACAUCUGUAGUUCUCUCUGUAGCCGCUGCUGCCAUUCCUGUGUGUUUGUAUGUAUGUGUGUGUAUGCGUAUGUAUGUGUGUAUGUUGAUGUGCAUUUACUGCACUUUGCUCAUUGGUCACUUGAGCAUUCUGAUCAUGGGGGGAGGCGUCAGGACUUUAAAGUUAUGAUUACAAAAAAGAGGAAAUGAUUUAAAUAAAAAUAAAAAAUCAAAUGUAUCUUUUUUUUUGUUGUUUUUAAAAGAAAAGUACUCUUAUAUCCCACAUGUUUGGUCUGUGUAUUGUAAAAGAAGCCAUGUUUAUAAUUCUAAUUGGUUUGUGACCAAUAUGCCUGUUUAUAUCAGAUCUGUAUAUCAGUGGUACGCAUAAUUUUUUAAUAUAUAUUUUUAUUUUGCUUUUGUUUUGUAAAUGGGAGAUUUCAUGCAUGGUUGGGUCCAGAGAGACACAGCGGUGCUGUUGAACGGUUGCUAUUUUUUUGGACAAAUUCCUGGACCGUGGCGUCGGCUCCGGGGUCGAUAAUGACAGCAGUUAUGAAUACGAUGAUGAAAACAAUAAAAGCUAUUUAUUUCACAUGAA